GUCAAAACAAAGGGAAACUAUCUUGGAUGACUGUACACAUAGACACCAAAAUAUGUAGUAAAAUAUUGAUUACUCAUCUGUUUGAUUGACUAAGCUCCAACAAGAGAAUAAUUAAAAAUGAUGGCCACAAUGGACCUCGGUGCUCAGGGAGUGGAUGAAGAGGUUACUGAGCUUGCAGAACACAUAAAGGAGCGUAUCUGGCAGGACCCACUGGCGGCAGACCUCCAAUGGAGCCUGUUUCUUGCUGCUCUGUGUAACUACAGAUACGACACUGUCCUUCGGCCAUUCCCUCCCAUGUUCAUCAACAAUGAUGAGAAAGAUGUACAGUCAUUGCGUAAGAUGGUAUCAGAGGUUCCUGCUCUGUCUCGGCUGAGCAGAGAGUGCCACAAGUUGCCCAACAAGCAGCUGGAGCUGAUUAAGUGGGUCCUUGAUGCCCGAACAUUUGUUCUCAACAAUGUCGGCUCAUCUAAGUUUUCAGACAUUAAGAAGUUAACUGGACAUUUGUUCAAAGUGCCCAAACCAAACUUCAUAUUUGAGGUUCAGCCGAGUGCAGUGGCUGAUGAGAGAUUUGAACAGAUAAGGGAUGGACGGGGCCUCAUGUAUGCCUACCACGGCAGCCGACUAGAAAACUUCUUCUCUAUUCUACACAAUGGCCUGGCUCUGCACAUGAAUAAGAUGUCUGUAUUUGGUGAGGGUACGUACCUUUCCAGUGAGUUGUCUGUGUCCCUUAUCUACAGUCCGCAGGGGGGCGGCUGGGACCACAGUGAGCUGGGAAACAGCUUAAGUUGUGUAGCCGUCUGUGAGAUGAUAGAUGCUCCUUCAGUCAAGUGCCAAGAUAAACCGUACACCACAGAAAAGGGAAGUUCAGUGGUAGCUGCGCGUGCUCGAGCCAAUGCUGGCCCCAGUGAGGGUGGGGAUGUCCCGGAAAAAUACUAUGUCGUACAAAACAACGAGGUUAUGAGGGUCAAGUAUCUCCUUGUGUAUGGACAGAAGACUGCUUCACACAAGUCGAGUUCAUUGAGCCGUAAGUCGUGGUUGAUUGAGCACAGGUUUCUGCUGAUGAUGGUUGGGUACAUGGUCAUUUUGUGUGCCGUGGGCCUUGCAAACUCCCACACUUUGAAGGUGUACUGGAGACGACUGUGGAAGGUUGUAUGAUAUGGCUGCUGGAUGUGU